AUGCGGCUGAUUAUUCGCGACGAUCCCCACGCUGCUUCCAAGUACAUUGCAGACUACAUCAUUGAACGCAUCAAGACCUUCAACCCUACAGCUGAGCGGCCCUUUGUGCUUGGUCUGCCUACCGGCAGCAGCCCAGUCCUCAUCUACCAGCACCUCGUCCAGCGGCACAAAGUUGGCGAAAUAUCCUUUCGCAAUGUAGUCACCUUCAAUAUGGACGAGUAUGUUGGAAUCCCACGGGAUCACCCCGAGAGUUACCACAGUUUUAUGUACAAGCACUUCUUUUCACAUGUCGACGUGAAGCCGGACAACAUCAACAUCCUCAACGGCAACGCCCGCGACCUCGAGCUUGAAUGCCACAACUACGAGGAAAAGAUCAAGGCGGUCGGUGGCAUCGAGCUGUUCCUGGGCGGCAUCGGACCUGAUGGCCACAUCGCCUUCAAUGAGCCCGGUUCCAGCCUCAAGUCUCGCACACGUGUAAAGACCCUUGCGUACGAUACCAUUCUUGCCAACUCACGAUUCUUCGGGAACAACUUGGACCAAGUGCCCAGGAUGGCACUGACGGUUGGAGUGCAGACGGUGCUCGAUGCGCGCGAGGUUGUCAUCAUCAUCACUGGUGCACACAAAGCAUUGGCUCUGCAAAGAUGCAUCGAAGGCGGUGUGAACCACAUGUGGACGCUGUCCAGCCUCCAAUCCCAUCCCCACCCAAUGAUUGUCGUCGACGAAGAUGCCACCUUGGAGCUGCAGGUCAAGACGGUCAGGUACUUCAAGAGUAUCGAGAUGGUAGCCACUGAGCUCGGGUUCCGACAGAAGCUCCCACGAAAACGGGAUUCACUUAUCGACGAGGGUACCCUGUUGGUUCCCGCGCGGAACCAAGCCCACGGUAUCAGCUUGACUGUGCCACAGCAAGACAUAUCGCGCUCCGCAAGCCCCGUGUUCGAGCCAAUGAGUGCCCGGCUCUCCGACGAGGAUGCAAAAGCCAAGGCGAUGCAAUCCUGGGAUGCCAUCGAAGACCAGCCCUCGGUUCGCAUGAGUGCCCGCGUUGCCGGUUGA